CCACAGUCCAAUCUUCACAUGCUGGGACUGGGCGUAGUUAGCAGCAAAUGCACAAUGGACCUGAAAGUGUCAACUUCAUCCCUGCAUGACAUAGUUGUUUGAAGAACUAAAGCAGAGAUGGCCAGUUCACGUGAUCUCACAAGUGUGUCCUUGAUACAGGAGGAGGAUGACCUUGAAGAGGAGACGAUGGAGCUCAUCCCCUCGGAAGGUAUUCCGCUGAACGCAGACUCAGGUGAUGCCCCAAGAGCCAUCACUGUCAUCAAGGCGCAGAACAUAUACAUUGGACCGACUGCUGCAGGAACAGUUGGUGAAGGUGAUGCCCCAAGAGCCAUCACUGGACCGACUGCUGCAGGAACAGUUGGUGAAGCUACUACCCUUGACCUUCAAAUACAUGAUGCUGAAGAAAUCUUUGUUGAAACGGAGAGCUUCAGGACUGUAAAACAAAAACUGAAGGAUUUUGGCCAUGUCACCAUCUGUGGUGCUUCAGGAGAAGGCAAAACUACAGCAGCUCUUGUGCUGGGUUCACAGUAUAGACAAAGGGGUUACAAACUCGCAUUUGUGGACAGAAUCAAAAAGUUUGACUUGGACAGCCUCUUGAGUUCAUCACCUAGAGUAUUUCUUAUCAUUGAUGAUAUGUUUGGUACUGUUGGACUAUCUACAGUUGUUUCACAGCUAAAAACAUUCCUCAAUAAGCUUGACAGACACUUAAAACACUGCAAAAGGCUACAAAAACAGCAAGCUAAAAAAGAAGUUGAACAUGAAAAUAAAACAAGUAGAGGUCCUGACCGACAACAACAGCCCACAAAGGAUAUUCGUGUUGUCUUCACAUCCAAGACAUACAACUUCCAUGAUGGACUUGCUAAGCUGCAGUAUGAAGGAUUCUCUCUGUUCAAGGGACCAACACUGGUGGAUUUAACAACUCAAGAGAGACACAGAUAUACUCAUGCAGAGAAGAAGGCUAUAUUUGAGCACCACAGGAAAAUACAUAAAGAAUAUUCUGAUGAAGACUGUGAAGAUAUACCUGACUUUGAACUGUGGGACAUAGAUCCAAAUAUGUUUGGAUUUCCUCUCAUUUGCAAACUUUGUUUUGAACUUUCAUCCUUUCAUCAAAAUACAAAGGACUUUUUCAAGAGACCACUGUUUUAUCUAAGGCUGGAACUCAAAAACAUGCUGGAGUCAAACAGUGAUCGCUCCGCCAUACUGGUUCUGAUGCUACUGUGUGAUGAUAAGUUAAAUUUGGCGGAAUUGGAAGCAGACGGCAAGGACCAGAAACUGGACAACAUGGUCAGAACUGUUUUAAAGUUGAUGCCAUCAGCAUCACGCUUAGGAAUGUACAAAGAAGCAAAGUGUCUUAGAGGAACAUUUUUUACACGUGGUGAUGCUAUUGGAUUUGCCCAUUCUUCCAUAUAUGAUGCUUGUGCUUGUUCGUUGUAUGACAUCAGUCCAACAUUUGUGCUGACUCACUGCAGUGACAACUUCAUAUAUGAGCGAGUGCAACCACAACCAGUAGAGGAAACCAAAAUCGAUGAUCAUCUCCACCUGAUAUAUGUCUCAGACCAGUAUUAUGAUAUCCUGACUACCAGACUUGCAGACUCAAUAAAGAAUGGGCGGUUUUCAAAAUCAGUGACACACCCCAUCCUCCGACACGAAAAGGUAGCUCUUCAGUUGCUUGAAAAGCUACAACCUGAUGGAUCCAUGGAUGACUGUUGGUUCCACAAGAGAGAUGAAGGGACAUGCUUUUUAUCUUGGGCUGUUUUAGGACACAGUCAAAAGUUUGUCCGAGAAAUAGAAAAGAGAACUGGAGGAGAAUUUACUCAAACAGAGAUCAGUGACGCCAUGGAAGAUUGUGUGAUCAACAACAACCUGACAGUAUUGAAGUGGCUUUUAUCCAGAAGUAAAAAUCCAGACAUUGAUUUAAUGAGCAGAUGGCUUUUGCUGGCUGCACCACAUGGGAGUUCUGAAACACUUGUUUAUCUGAUAGAAAAUGGUGCUGAUGUGUUUACUACUGAUGCAGACAAGAGAAACAUAAUACACUUAGCAUGCAUGACAGGGCAGAAGAAGACACUAAAGGUGUUGACAGAACACAACAUCAAACUCUUUGAUCAUGAAAAGAAGAAAGUUGUAAUCAACUCUUUUAAUGGUGAAGAGAUGACUCCACUCAUGAUUGCAGCACUCAUAGGAUCUCAUGAGUGCUAUCAGCUAUUGCAAUCAAUGUCUAACAAGAAAACCAAAUAUAAGAAUGAAGAUGACUUAAUUCACCUGGCCUGUGAGGGUGGUAACAGGGCUAUAGUACAACAUCUUGUGUCACCUUCUAAUAUGGAUACUAGAGGACGGAAUGGAUUUACACCAAUAAUGAUAGCAGCUGGCAAAGGACAUCAAAGUGUGUUUGAAGUCCUAGUAUCAAAGCAAGCUGACCAGACACAAGUAGCCAACAAUGGUGAUAGUUUACUUCAUCUUGCCUGUCAGGGUGGCAACAAGGCUAUAGUACAACAUCUUGUGUCACCUUCAAAUAUCAAUACUAGAGGACAGUAUGAAUGUACUCCAGUAAUGAUAGCAGCUUUCUUUGGACAUCAAAGUGUGUUUGAACUCCUAGUAUCAAACCAAGCUGACCAGACACCAGUAGCCAACAUUGGAGGUAGUUUACUUCAUGCUGCCUGUUUGGGUGGCAACAAGGCUAUAGUACAACAUCUUGUGUCACCUUCAAAUAUCAAUACUAGAGGACAGAAUGGAUGUACACCAAUAAUGAUGGCAGCUUUAAAAGGACAUCAAAGUGUGUUUAACCUCCUGGUAUCAAAGCAAGCUGACCUGACACUGGUGGACAACAAUGGUGAAAGUUUACUUCAUCUUGCCUGUCAGGGUGGUAACAAGGCUAUAGCACAACAUCUUGCCUCACCUUCUAAUAUCAAUGCUAGAGGGCAUAAUGGAUAUACACCAAUAAUGAUAGCAGCUGUCCUUGGACAUCAAAGUGUGUUUGACCUCCUAGUAUCAAAGCAAGCUGACCUGACACUGGUGAACAACGAUGGUGAUAGUUUACUUCAUGUUGCCUGUCAGGGUGGUAACAAGGCUAUAGCACAACAUCUUGUGUCACCAUCUAAUAUCAAUGCUAGAGGACAGAAUGGAUAUACACCAAUAAUGAUAGCAGCUUUCUUUGGACAUCAAAGUGUGUUUGACCUCCUGGUAUCAAAGCAAGCUGACCUGACACUGGUGAGCAACUAUGGUGAUAGUUUACUUCAUGUUGCCUGUGAGGGUGGUAACAAGGCUAUAGUACAAUAUCUUGUGUCACCUUCAAAUAUCAAUACUAGAGGACGGAAUGGAUUUACACCAAUAAUGAUAGCAGCUGUCAAAGGACAUCAAAGUGUGUUUGAUCUCCUGGUAUCAAAGCAAGCUGACCUGACACUGGUGAACAACAAUGGUGAUAGUUUACUUCAUGUUGCCUGUCAGGGUGGUAACAAGGCUAUAGCACAACAUCUUGUGUCACCUUCUAAUAUCAAUGCUAGAGGACAGAAUGGAUAUACACCCAUAAUGAUAGCAGCUUUGAAAGGACAUCAAAGUGUGUUUGACCUCCUAGUAUCAAAGCAAGCUGACCUGACACUGGUGAACAACAAUGGUGAUAGUUUACUUCAUGUUGCCUGUCAGGGUGGUAACAAGGCUAUAGUACAAUAUCUUGUGUCACCUACUAAUAUCGAUACUAGAGGACGGAAUGGAUUUACACCAAUAAUGAUAGCUGCUGUUUCUGGACAUCAAAGUGUGUUUGACCUCCUCAUAUCGAGGAAUGCUGACCUGACACACUGGAUAGCUGUCAUAAUAGUUCACUUCAUUUUGCCUGACAUACGGUCACGACAGCCAUAGUUUUAUAACUGUGUCACCUGCUAACAGAAACAUGAUGCACUUGUGCUGGUCAAUGGGUAUCUACUUCCAGGACGUGCCAGGACGUGUCGCGCCAUUGAGAACAUAAAAAGUCAAGAUGCCGUUGUUGCUGUUGUAUUUGUAGCAAUCACUGUAAGAAAUCUGUGAAUGGCCGGAAGAUCACUAUGCACAGAUUUCCUGCAGAUAUAUGACUGAGAAGGGUUUGGAUUCAAAGGUGCAAACUUGUCUGUUCCAACUUUAAAUAUUCAAGAAAUGACAGCACCAGAUUAUGCUCGGAACACUUUGAUGGACAGCAGGGACCGAGUAAACUUCAUCCUUUGCCAAACAAGACAUUCAAACGUUUGGUAAGUUUGGUAGGUAAAAAAAAUGUAUCUAACUUUAGACCUUGAUGUUAUUUCGUUUGCUCCAGUCAUUUUGGUGCAACCAAAGUGUUAUUGUUAAAGCAAGUUAUUCCAUUAGCAUGAUUAGGCUGUCCUACAACUUUAGGAGCCAACACCCACAUAUUGUACAUAAUUAUAUCAAGUACUGAGUUUAAUGUUUAAUAUUUCUUAUUUUAGUCAGGAUACAAUAAUGUAAAUUCCAAAUUAGAUUUAUACAUAAUUAUACACGGUAUUGUCUGGAACCACAUGCAAGACUGUUUUGGAUCACGGUAUUGUCUGGAACCACACGCAAGACUGUUUUGGAUCACAGUGUUGUCUGGAACGACAUGCCAGACAAUUUUGGAUCACGGUAUUGUCUGGAACCACAUGCAAGACUGUUUUGGAUCACGGUAUUGUCUCUUUACUCUUGUUCUUAAAUGAUAUUCAUUCACAUGAAAUGAAGUAUGGACAGAUUCAUGAAACAAAUGACUGAUGACAGUAUGUUUGAAAAUGUGCUUUGUUCAUAUAUUGUGCAGUACACCAGUUUGGAAAGCCCACACAAAGGGAGAUAAUUUACUGAAACUACUUUGUAGUGCCUUGUGGCAAGCUCAUGCUCUAUGCUUCAAGCUCUAUGUAUCCAUAUGUAAGUACCAAAUAGUUAUUUUUCAUAUGAUUUAUAUUCAUGCUUAUAAAACAUACUCUGAGCCUAAGUCCUAAAUGCUGCAAUAAGGACUUGACUUGAAUUUGUUACACUGAAUGGUCUAGAAAACUCAACAGUCAUAACCAUGUUGAAUAUUAAACUGUUAUAUUAAUGUCUCACUAGCUGUUCAACAGCAAUCCACAUUUAAAGGGGCACUGAUCUAACGCAAUUCCCCGGACUGGUUGUUGCCUUUGUUAUUGUUUUUUCCCCCGUGAGUACCCGGAUGAUACGCAACGCAACUGAGCGUGACCAGAGACUGGGCUACC